ACCCGGAUUCAAACUUUCAGUCCCCCAGACCCGGCUUGGUAAACACAUCGAAAGAUCUGUGAAUUCUUGUGGAAUUUUGCUAACAAUACAUUGAGAAUGCCUGUGAGCAUCAAUGGACAUUGCUCGACGCCUCGCAGUUAGGAGUUGACAUCAGGAGGUUUAGCGACUGUAGUGACUGUUUCCGCGGAGCACGGACCAGUCUUUAGUACACUACCGAGAUCGUUCCGACUUCAGACCCUUUCUACUUGGCGUGCCCAGUGCAGGCUGGUGAGAUAUCGGCGGCAGGAUGACGUGCAGGGAUCGAACCAACGAGUUCCAGUCAGCCUGCAAAUCCCUACAGAGCAGACAGAAUGGCGUUCAGCCCACCAAGCAAGCCCUCAGUGCUCUCAAGCAACGCAGUGACUUCACCCUCAUGGCCAAGAGAAUAGGAAAAGACUUGAGUAAUACGUUUGCUAAACUAGAGAAACUCACUAUAUUGGCUAAAAGAAAAUCUCUAUUUGAUGACAAGGCAGUGGAGAUUGAAGAGUUAACCUACAUCAUCAAGCAGGACAUUAACAGCUUGAACAAGCAGAUAGCCCAACUGCAGGAUCUGAUCCGUUCACGUGGAGCGCCCAGCGGCAGACACAUCCAGACCCAUUCCAACACCAUCGUUGUCUCCCUGCAGUCCAAACUGGCGUCUAUGUCCAAUGACUUCAAGUCGGUUCUAGAAGUAAGAACAGAGAACCUGAAGCAGCAGAAGAGCAGGAGAGAACAGUUCUCUCAGCCUCCUGUCUCUUCUUCUCCUCUCCUCGCCAACAACUUCAAGAGUUCAGUGUUGAUGCAGGAUGAGUCCAGGAGUAUGGGGGGUGAGGUGGCCAUCGACAUGGACAACCAGUCUAACCCUCUACAGCUCCAGCUCAUUGAUGAGCAGGACUCGUACAUCCAGAGCCGUGCAGACACCAUGCAGAACAUUGAGAGCACCAUCGUAGAGCUGGGCUCCAUCUUCCAGCAGCUGGCUCACAUGGUGAAGGAGCAGGAAGAGACAGUACAGAGGAUUGAUGCUAACGUGGAGGACACUCAGCUCAACGUGGACAUGGCUCACACGGAGAUCCUCAAGUAUUUCCAGUCUGUGUCCUCCAACCGCUGGCUCAUGGUCAAGAUCUUCCUCGUCCUCAUCGUGUUCUUCAUCGUCUUCGUGGUCUUCCUCGCCUGAGCAGGGAGAAAUGACAGAGGAAGAAGAGGAGGUUGAAGAAGAGGGAGAGGAAGAUGGAAAAGUUCAUUGUCUUCUGACAGGUUGCGUCACUCCUAUGAAACGCUAGUCCCUUGACCAAUAGUUCAGACGGAGUCAUGCUAUCUGACAUAAGACAAUGGAAAAGGUUGGGCUGAGACGAAGGGUUUCCACUGCAACAGGACAGUGGGACAGGUGGAGUGUUAUUGGACGGUUUGGGACUUGAGGUCCAGCAGACCAAGAAAUUAUAGUAGUCUGCUGCCUAAAGCCUUGGAGAGUGUUUCUGGAGUGACUAACAGAUCUGUUCUAUUCUCUCCCUACAGACAUUGAUGAAAUACCCCUAAUGAAAAGGAUAUGCUAUCGAAACACGCUUUGUAAAUUAUAAACAGAAUACUUGUCAUUCUGUUCUUUGUUACUUUAGAGAAUCAUUCAUCAUAAACAUUUAAUCAAAAAUGACUAUUAUUUAAUGGUUUGAUUCUGCAAACUAGUUUUGUUUUUUGGUAGAUUUUCUUUUACCCCUCAUGUAGUUAAUUGUUGAUUGGUUGUAAGACAGGAAAGACUUACUCAUCAACUUCCUCUCUCUGACAUGAGGGCCAACACAACAGACUGGAGUUUUCUUGAAUUGUAAUAAUUUCUUUAGAUUUUUGUUCCUCAUUAUUCUAGUUUUAUUAAAGAGAGAGACUUUAA